UGGUGAAACCUUGGGGGCCAGUCGGGGGCGGGCUCGGCAGGAACCUGCGAUAAGAUGCUGAGCAGUUAGGGCAGCUGCUCUGAGGUCGGGAGGCCGGGAGCCCACAGGAAGUGACUCGGUGCAGAGCCCAUGGGCCUCUGCCCCGACACCUCCGGGACAGGAACUCAGGCUGGCACGGCUGGCGGCAUGUCGGCAGAGAGCUGGGUGCCCAGGCCGGGCAGGCAGCCUGGAGCCUCAGGCGCAGGUGCGUGGGCCCCCCGGAUGGCGUCCGGCCCCUGGAGCCUGUCCCGCGGGAGAGCUCAUGCGGCCGCCGCAGUCCUCUGCUACGUCAACCUGCUCAACUACAUGAACUGGUUCAUCGUCGCAGGGAUGCUGCUGGACGUACAGAACUUUUUUCAGAUCAGCGAUAGCAAUGCCGGUCUGCUUCAGACAGUCUUCGUCUGCUGCCUGCUGCUGUCCGCACCGGUGUUCGGCUACCUGGGCGACCGCCACAGCCGCAAAGCCGCGCUGAGUAUUGGGAUCCUGCUCUGGUCGGGGGCAGGUCUCUCCAGCUCCUUCAUCUCCCCCCAGUAUUCCUGGCUCUUCUUCCUAUCCCGGGGGGUCGUGGGCAUAGGCUCGGCCAGCUUCUCCACCAUCGCGCCCACUGUCCUGGGCGACCUCUUUGUGAGGGACCAGCGGACCCGGGUGCUGGCCGUCUUCUACAUCUUUAUCCCUGUUGGAAGUGGUCUGGGCUACGUGCUGGGGUCAGCCGUGUUGCAGCUGACUGGGAGCUGGCGUUGGGCCUUCCGAGUCAUGCCUUGCCUGGAAGCGGUGGCCUUGAUCCUGCUUAUCGUGCUGGUUCCAGACCCGCCCAGGGGAGCUGCUGAGAAGCAGGAAGAGGUGGCCGUGGGGGACCCGAGGAGCAGCUGGUGUGAGGAUGUCAGUUACCUGGGGAGAAACUGGAGUUUUGUGUGGUCGACCCUUGGGGUGACGGCCAUAGCCUUUGUGACUGGAGCCCUGGGCUUCUGGGCCCCCAAGUUUCUGUUCGAGGCCCGUGUGGUGCAUGGACUGCAGCCUCCCUGCCUCCAGGAUCCGUGCAACAGCCAGGACAGCCUGAUUUUUGGGAUACUCACUGUGGUGACCGGCAUCAUUGGGGUUGUCCUGGGAGCAGAGGCUGCGAGGAGGUACAAGAAAGUCAACCCACGGGCCGAGCCCCUCAUCUGUGCCUGCAGCCUGCUUGCCGCUGCCCCCUGCCUCUUCCUGGCUCUCAUCCUGGCCCGGGUCACUCUCCUGGCCUCCUACGUGUUCCUGGUCCUCGGGGAGCUGCUUCUGUCCUGCAACUGGGCGGUGGUUGCUGACAUCCUGCUGUCCGUGGUGGUGCCCCGGUGCCGGGGGACAGCCGAGGCGCUUCAGAUCACAGUGGGCCAUGUCCUGGGAGACGCCGGCAGCCCUUACCUCACUGGACUUAUCUCCGGCACCCUGAGGGCCGCGCGGCGUGACUCCUACCUGCAGUCCUUCCUCAGCCUCCAGCACAGCUUCCUGGUCUGCGCCUUCGUCAUAGCCCUGGGGGGCGGCUGCUUCCUGCUGACCGCACUGCGGCUGGAGACGGACCAGGCCCGGGCCCGGCAGCCUGGCACAGGGACCCCCGACAGCAAGGACGCCGAGAGCCAAGCCCUGCUUUCCGGCAUAGGUUCUGUCGCCGAGGACCUCUGAGGCCCCCAUGCCCCA